GCGCGGGUCCUCGCGCGCACCGGGCUCUGACCUUCAGGGCCUCCUUCCGGCGCUCGAGGGCUGCACACCGCCGCGGUUCUUCCAUGGCGCGGGCCGUGCAGAAGCUGGUGAAGGCCGUCUCGACCAAGGGACCGCAGCUGCUGUCCGCUGCUGUCACUUACUCAAGGCCUCGGCUGGACACUUUCUGGUACUAUGCCAAGGUUGAGCUGGUUCCUCCAACUCCUGCUGAAAUUCCCAGGGCGAUUGAGAGCCUGAAAAUGCUGCUGAGGAGCUACCAGACUGGGCGCCUUGCACAACUCACUGUCAAGGAAGCUCUGAGGAAUGGUUUGGUGGCUACUGAAGUACUGAUGUGGUUUUACAUUGGUGAAAUCAUAGGCAAGCGUGGCCUGAUUGGAUAUAAAGUCUGAAGAACUUUCUUCUUUUGAUUCCUAAUGGUGUCUUGAUAAUAUUAAAUUAUGGCACUGAGAUUAAA